ACGUAGAGCAUGAUGUCUAUACUUACCUGUACGUGAAAAGAUAACUUUAUCUUUGACUGAAAUGAAGCUGUUGGACCAAUAUCUGUGUCAGUUGUUUUACAAUAUCGACAAAAUGAAGAUAUUAUUUGCAAUUUUAUUUUUUAUACUGACACCCAGUGACUACACCCUAGCCUCAUCGUCUCUCACAUCACCUCGCAUAAUAAACGGGGUAGACGUGGACAUCAGCCGGGUGCCGUACCAGGCGGCCCUGAGGAGGCGGGUGGCGGAGGCGUGGAGCCACUCGUGUGGGGCCGUGGUGGUGCACUCCAGGGCCGUGCUGACCGCCGCGCAUUGCGUGCUUGCAUAUAAACAGAAUCCAGAUAACUUGCGGGUGUUGGUAGGAACGUCCUACCGUUCCUCGGGAGGCAGCACAUACCCUGUGACCAAAGUGGAAGUCCAUAAAGACUAUUCUAGCACAUCACUGAACAAUGACAUCGCAGUGCUACAGACGAGUUUCAUAGUAUUCAGUGAUAAAGUUUUGCCAAUCAAAAUUAUACCUUACGGCGCGUUCAUACCUGAUGGAUCUCAAGCAAUAGUUUCGGGGUAUGGUGUCACUGAAUCCGCUACUGCAUCAAGAACACUUCGUUCUGCGACGGUGAACAUCGUGCCUCAAUCGGCAUGCUUACGCGCCUACCUGUCCAUAGCUACGGUCACCUCUGAAAUGAUAUGUGCUGUUGGAGCCAACCCGGGGAAAGACGCAUGCCAAGGUGAUUCUGGAGGACCACUGGCCUACAAUGGCUACCUGAUCGGUCUGGUCUCGUGGGGGGAAGGCUGUGCUGAUGUGAGGUACCCCGGCGUGUAUACACGAGUCUCAGUGUAUACUAAGUGGAUACAGGAAGUUUUGGAUAAAAUUGAUAAGAAUACGGAUUGAGGAAAAUUUAG